AUGUCCACCAAGGCUAUUCACAUCGAAUUAGUCUCCGAUUUGAGCACACCGGCGUUUCUUAACGCGCUCAAGCGCUUCAUUGCUUGUCGCGGCUUGUGUGUAAACAUAUACUCGGAUAACGGCACCAAUUUCAAGGGGGCUCAGAAUGAGUUGCACGCAUUCUGUGAACUCCUUACAUCAGCGUCACAUCAAGAAGCCGUCGAACAACAUUGCUCAGGACGUGCAAUUCAGUGGCAUUUCAUACCACCUUAUUCACCACACUUGGGUGGUAUCUGGGAGGCCGGCAUAAAAUCGGUAAAAACGCAUCUCAAGAAAAUACUCGGUGAAGCUCUAUUAAGUUUUGAAGAAAUGUAUACGGUUCUCACGCAGAUUGAAGCGGUCUUGAACUCACGACCAUUAACUCCAAUAUCAAGUGAUCCUACAGAUCUCAGAGCGUUGACUCCGGGUCAUUUUUUGAUCGGAGAAGCACUAAACGCGAUUCCUUAG